GAUCAGAAACAGUUUCAAACUAUUUCAAACUCUAUUUCGGAUUUUUAUUUCAGAUCUCAUUUCUCGGAUACAAAGAUGAAGUUACCGUCGAUAGUUUUCCUUACUGUUUCGUUACUCGAUUUACCAUGUACCCUAUCCCAGACACCACCCACGUCUGUUAAACCUAACACAACACCAACAGGCAACGCAUGUCCGGUCCUGAACACGUCUCGACAGGGCCGUAACCUACUUGUCCACCUCCUACCAAAUAAUCAGUGUCAAUUGGUGGUUUCAGUAACAUCACGAAAAGUAGCGUAUGAUAAAUUGGUCAGAUUAAAUUCAAGGACAGUUAGAAAGGAUAUCAGAGAUGUAUAUUUCAUUGAGGGCUCCUUUAGGCGUGCAAUGACUCCUCAGGUUCCCGGGUUUCCUCCUGUAAAUUGUCCUCCUUUCAACGUUCAAAUGCAGAGCAACACCAUCGUUAUUGAGACCAGACCACGAGACUGCUACGUAACUGUUGCCCACCAAGAAGUGUUGACCCCAGUGUGGAACCCGUCACGUGGAAUGCCAAUAUUCACCAACCGGCAGUCAUAUGAAGUGAAAAACUCAGGUCCGUUCCAGAUAAGUCCUAGCUUUCCUUUUAUUCCACGACCAGGCGUGCCUGCAACUGGUCAAACUGGUAUUCAGCCAAGCGUACCUGUCCCUGGACAAACAAAUCUACCAGCACCACCAACAACAGGUGUUCACACGUUUAUGCCAUUAGUCUUCCCAGGGACUGGUGCGCAGACUUCCCAAACUACUGGCCCUGUGACGAGUGUUGGCGGGUCUCCACCACCAGUACCGGUCUCUUUGACGACUGAGACAGGAGGCGUAUAGUGGUUCACGCAUUCUCCCUACGUUACAAAAUGAAAGUAAUUCUCCUUGUCGUGGUUUAUUAUUUGCGACUGAAACAAUAUGAAGCAUUAUACUGCCAUCCUGAGUCUGAACAAAGAAAAAGACAGCAUGACGGAUACGAAACACGGUGCAAUACUUUUUGUCUUUGCGGCCGAGACCGUAAAGAAUUGUACAUGAAGAAAAAACAGUUACCUGGCUCUGGAGGAAUGGUGCAACUUCAUUGGUUGUGUCGAAAAACUCCUUAAUAACCAAAUGCUGGUUUAAGCGAUACAUUUAUUCUCAAUGAGAAAUUUUAAUGAUAAAAUGAUAGUAGCAAAUUAAAAACAAGGACAGCGAUGAAAUCAAGAGAUUCUUACUGUACGCUUUGGAAUUUUCGCCCAGUCAAAUCCCUUCGCCCACGAUAUCAAUUUUUGCUUAGUGUUAUUUUCGCCCUCCACAUUUAAUUACUGUGUAAAUUAUGUUCUUUACAAUUGCUUGCUGAUAUGAUAAAUUCGCCUUCAUUACAGAGGGCGAGAAAAGGCAGCGAAACUUUCCCGGUUAACAGGUUGUCAUAUCUAGUGACCUACCAAUUGAAAACAUCAUAUAUAUAAUGUGGUCCUCAUACUUACGAUAUAAAUAUAUAUAACAAGAAGUCAUUAAAAUAAUA